AUGUCAUUCGAACUCGUCCCGUUCCUCCAGGUAUUUGCCAUCGCCGGCGCUGCUUUCCUCUCCGGGUACAUCACCACCUUCUCGGUCGGGAUCCCGCAUAUCGCGCUCGCGCCCCCCCUGCUCGCCGCACGGCAGUGGGAAGACUUCUACGACCGAGGCAAGCUCAGUGCGCCCUUUAUCGGGCUCUUCUUCUCCCUCCUCUUCGUGUACAUAUCCUAUUCCCUCGGCGGGCCUUUCACUAGCUCUCUAGCGGCGCUCUACGCCCUCGCUGGAGCAGCGACAGUAGGCAUCAUCCCCUGGACACUGGGAACGAUGCUCCCGAUGAACACGAGGCUGCAGGCAUAUGCGGCGAUGAAGGAGUCGGAGGUGCAGGGGGAGAAGGCGGAGAAGAGCGCGCAGCAGGAAGUGAGGAGGUUGUUCGCUGCUUGGACGAUUCUGAAUUCUGUUCGGGCGAUGUGGCCUGCUCUGGGCGCGGCCUUGGCAGGGUGGGCGCUCUUGGGUUGGUGA